AUGAACGAGUCGUACACCCAGGACGAUCCUCGUCUUCGACCAGUACCUCUCGCUCGAUAUCCAUGGCGGGCACUUCCACAAUCAAGAUCGCAAGACGCGGUCGUGAAGGUAUCCUUCAUCUAUACAUCAGAGAUCAUUAUACCAACAAGCAUGAUAACAUCGAUUGACAUCGGUGAGACGCGCUCGUCACUACCUUGUCCUUCGGUAUUGAUUGAAAGGGGCGACUAUGCAUUGCUUUUCGAUCUCGGAUUCAGAGAAGAUCCGGAAAACUUCGCAAAACCGGUACUAGAGCAAAUAAUGUCAGUUGCGGGCGCCAUACCCGCCCCUGGCCCAAUCAAGCGUCUGAAGGAAUAUGGCUAUGACCUUGAGCGUCUUAAAUGUGUGAUCAUCAGUCAUAAGCAUCUGGAUCGCGAGUUAUUACUGCUCCAAGUGUGGAUAUCGGCUGAUAAUCAAUCAUUGAAACAGAUUUCUGCUAGCGGUGACUUGAAUACACUACCAUACCCUGAUCGUCCGGUCAUUUUAGGCGCAGGAGCACGAGAAGAUAUAGGUAAAGGCUACCCAGACGACCCGAACGGACAUUGGGAAUCGGCUUGGUUCAAGAAGUACCGCUUUGUUGAUUUACCCAAACCUGAAACAGAAGGUUUCUGGUCCAAAGAUAUCCGAGAUUCUUCCGAGCAGAUUGAUAGGACAUGGGAGCCUGUUGGUUGCUUCGAGCACGGAGUGGACUGGUUCGGAGAUGGCAGUUUCUGGUUGAUCGAUGCACCAGGACAUUGUCCGGGACACUUGAUGGCUCUAUGUCGAGUGACUUCUCAACCUGAUACAUAUGUACUCCUGGCAGGGGAUGCUGCUCAUCAUCAAAAUAUGUACCUACCAGUACCCACAUCUGAGGGUGACUACAGGACCCCUAAAUCAGUUGUUGAUGGCGUGGUACAGCUUGCCGAUGAUCCUGUAGUGGCUACAUACACAGUUGGACAAUUAACAAGAAUGAGUCAAGAGGAAAAUGUCAUGGUAAUCCUGUCCCACGAAAGGGGAGUGCAAGGCAUUAUUGACUAUUUCCCAAAAGAUAUAGGCAAGUGGAAAGAAAGAGGAUGGAAGGAAGCAAAAGAGAAGAAAGUUACCGAGGACGCCGAGCGGAGAAGUCAGCUAAAUUGA